CACAAGGCAUCCUGAGAUGAGUUUUAUACGGACUGUUCUUUCAGGGCUGAGGAGUGUCCGACUUGAGCAGGGAAGCAUCCCAGAUCCGGAGCGGGACAAGGCACAAAACCACAGGGAAACGAGAAGGAAACACAGGAAAAAAAUUGAAGAUGCAUUCAGGAUUGGAUGAAAUGACCAGGCAGAGGAUGCUGCAAGCCAAAACUCUGUCUCAGGAGGCACGAGGAGGGUUGAACUUGGGGAAGAAGAUCAGUGUUCCUAAAGACGUGAUGAUGGAAGAGCUUAACCUUUUGUCCAAUCGAGGCUCCCGCAUGUUCCAAGAGAGACAGAGGAGAGCCGAGAAGUUCACGCUAGAGAAUGUUAUCAAUGGACCUUACAACACCAAUGUACCUCUAGAGCUCAGUCCCCCCCAGCAUAUGGUCCCCAUGCAGCAGGGAGGAAAAGAAAACCAGACUUUCUCCAUCCCCGGUAAGCACAGCCUGGUCAUGAACCUUCAGAAGACUGUAGCAAAGAAGGGCAGUCCCGAUGUCCUGGCUCCAGGCUACUCCGGACCCCCAAAGGAAAUUCCACAUGAGAAGUUCAACACAACAGUAAUCCCCAAAUCCUACUGCUCUCCGUGGAGGGAAGCUUUGGGAAGCAACGAAGAGCUUCUGAACGCCCUGAAUACCCAGCUGCCACAACCCCCACAAAGACUACAGCCUGCCAAUUACAGGUGCUUCAACAGAACUCCAGUGCCAUUUGGCGGCACAAUGGCCAGCAAGAGAGUCAUCCCGGUUAUUGGCUUUGAGGCCGUGGAGUCCCAGAACCUUCCCGGCCUUGCUCUGGACCGCAUGUGCCGACGGCCAAACUUCAACAGAGCACCACGAGGAUGGGGAAUUGACUACAGCCCUGAAUCUAAUGAGCUAUGACAGUGACUUUAUGAGAUCAAACCUGAAGCACGAACCUCUGUCCUUACGAUGAUCCCUCUGUUGAUCGCUACAAGCAAAAAGAGAGGCUGAAAAAAAUAACACUCUAGCAUAAUAGUGGUUUGCAACUGAUGAGUGUUGUGCGCAUACUGAGGUAGGCGCUGAUGGACGGAGUCACAGGUUUACAAUGCCUUGCAGAAGUAUUGAUAUCCAUUAGGAAUAGGUUGUAAAACAACAUCGCAAGUUUUGAAUAAUUCCUCAAAGCUCUGAUCAACCUACCAUCUGACAAUAGAAAACGUAUAGUGCAACCACAAAUCUACCAUGACAUGGUCUUCCCCUUUAACUGACAGUUCAGACGGGGAGAUAAUUAUUCAGAGAAGCAGCCAGGUGGCCUACUGCAACUCUGCAAGAGCUGCUGAGAUUGAUAGCUCAGGUGGAUGAAACUGUUCACAGGACAACUAUCGGACAUGCACUGCACAAAUCUGGUCUUUAAGGAAGAGCAGCAGGAAGGGAAUUUGAAGAAGCCAUGAAAUGAAGACAGCAAACAUGUGGCAGAAGGUACUCUGGUCAGAUCAGGCAUAGAAAAAUGUUUCCCCAAUAAUCAAAAUCCUAUUUUUUUGGCAGAAAACUAACAGCACACCAUCCUGAACCAACUAUCCUCAAGGCUAAGGCAUGGUGGUGGGAGCUUCAUGCUGUAGGAAAGCUAUUCUGUAGCAGGGAAAUGAAAACCAGAUUUACCUAGAUGGAGCGUAGACCCAAAAUAUUUAGUUUUAGUGGAAUGUUUUAGAUCACGAGCUUAGAAUGGCCCAGUCAAAAACCAGGCCUGAAUCCAGUUGAGAAUCUUGAUGUCUAGUUUUACUGAACCUGACCCAGAGUGGGCAAAAAAUCUCAAUCUCUAUAGAUAUGCAAAAAUGGUAGAGAUAUACCCCAAAGGACUUGUAGCUGUAAUUGCACUGAAAGGCGGUUCUACAGAGUAAUGACUCCAGGUGGCUGAAUGCAAAUGCAUGCCCCAUUUUUCAGACUUUAUUUAAAAAAAAAAAAAAAAAAAAGAGCUGAAAACCAUUUAUCUACUUCCUUCCACCUCACAAAUAUGAACUACUUUGUGUUGAUGUAUAACAGAAAAUUGCAUUAUAACACAUUGCAGUUUGUGGUUUUGACAUGUUAAGUGGUUUAGGGAGAAGUAAUACUUUUGCGAGGUGCUGUAUAAAGUGAUUCCUACAUGUUUUCUUACCCAUCAAAACUCCUCUGUCCUCUCUUCUGGUUUUAGUUUGUGGAUUUAAUUCUUCUCUAAAUACAACCGCCAAGAGAAUGCAGUAAUAAAUGUACAAGAUGAUAAUUAUUGACAAGAGUGUCAUUUUAAUGAGAAGUGAAAACAUGUAAAGAAAAAUUUACAAUAAAGUCAAUAUGAUGUUCAA